AUGAUGCCCUCAACAGAAUCUGAAAUGGGCUCUGACCCACUCAAUAGCUCAUUGCUCAAAUUGACUUUAGGACCAUCUACCCAUUCAGCACCAGCACCGCAGUCAGGAUACAUUCUACGGUUGACUCAUUUGCCUCCAGAUGUCACUUUACGAGAAGCAUACGCUGUGUUUGCGCUUACCACCGACCUUGUUGCUAUAGACUUGGUUGAGGACACUGAUACACAAGCUCCACUGAUUAUUGCCCGCUUUAACAAUUUCCUCACUGCACAAUCUGUUGCGCAGCUACUCGAUAAUAAACAGGUUUUCGGGCCUCAUUUUGCUCCUAUUAAGUCCGAAUUAAGACACCGUGCAAAUUCCAUCAUCAACUCACCAUUAUUGGGCUCAUUUAACUCAUUGUCGCCCCCCAAUACUUCUUCUGUGUCGGCAACACUGAAGCGCCCUUCAAUUGGUAGUCAGCGCUCCAGAUUUUUGUUCAGCGACCCUUUCAGUCAAGUCAAUAACCAAUCUACUGGGAUUGAUUCUAUUGACUUGAAUUCCCCAGCCCAGUCCUCCCUUGUCAAUCCAUGGACUCAACCACAGUCCCAACAUCAACCUCAGUCGCAGCAUUCGGGCCCACCACCUUCUCAGCAUCAACAACAACACUUUUUCAACCAGUCCAGUACUGGUCAAUUAGUCUUGAACAAUGUCCAAGGCCAACCUGCUCCUCAAGGCCCUCAAGUUCCAUCCUUGAACUCUCCAUUCCAGAAUGGCCAGCUUCAACAACCACCACCACACCAGCAGCCUUCCCAACAACAACAUCCACAACCGCAGCAAACACCUCAACCGCCACAGGCUUUAAAAACCCAGCCUUCACAGUUACAACAACAGCAGCAGCAUCAAACGUCGCAACAGCAACAGCAGCAACAGCAGCAACAACAACAACAACAGCAACAGCAGCAGCAGCCACAGAAGCCGCCGCAGCAACAACAACCCUCUCAACCAAACCAACAAUCUCAAACAUUUCAACCACCAUCUCAGCAGUCUCAGGAUCAGUCACAGGGCGGAAGCCAAACCGCUUCACCAGAUAAAAAUUCUAGUGGUGUCGAUCUAUCUCUACUCAUGCGUAUUCCCCCACCUGCCAACCCAGCAGACCAAAACCCACCAUGCAAUACAUUGUAUGUAGGAAAUCUACCUGGUGACGCUACAGAAGCUGAGUUAAGAUCUCUUUUCACUCCAGUAAAGGGAUUCAGACGUCUUUCUUUCAAGAACAAGACUUCAAUCAGUGGAAGUAGUGGAGGAGGUGGAGGCCCUAUGUGCUUCGUCGAGUUUAACAGCAUAACUGAAGCCGCAGAAGCUCUGGCUAACCUAUAUGGUACCUCGUUAAGAUGUUCCAGUAAAGGUGGUAUUCGUCUAAGUUUUUCCAAGAAUCCUCUGGGUGUGCGUAACAGCAACAACAGAAGGAAUACAUCCUACAAUUACCAAACCACUGGUCAACCUCAUACGUCUUAUAAAUAG